GUAGGUGGCGAUAGUACGAGCAACAUAACCCUUUAAAUGCGUCACUUCCGUCACAUGUAACGUAAAGAAUCUAUGGUGAACAGGGUUUGAAACUUUCAGAAAUUGAAAGUCGUUUAAAUCCUCUCGUAGUUUGAAGAUGAACACCGCUCUGAAGCAGUGGAAGGAGGCGUCCACCCUAAUCCUCACCGCAGGACGCAGGCUCGGUGCGGACAGUUUGUCGCCAAGAACACCGCUGGACGGCAACGGCGCAGCGACACGGCUGCCGCACAGCUCCGAGUUUGAUUACGACGUCCUGUUGCUGAAACGAAGCGCUAAAAGCACAUUUAUGCCCAACGCGUAUGUGUUUCCCGGCGGCAUGGUGGACUCUUCGGACUUUUCAAGUGAUUGGUUAGACGUCUUUAAAUCUUUUCUUAAUUCCCCUGGUUUUGGUUUAAGGAGCGUUAAGCAGCCCGUGGAGAACAGACCCCCGAUCUUUGCGACAAACCGAUUGAAACUCGGCUCUCCCAUCCCGGGGGAAGUCGCCCUGAGAAUUUGUGCCGUCAGAGAGACUUUUGAGGAAUCAGGAGUGUUGCUGGUUGUGCCUAAAAAGGAAGAGAAACGCAUUUUAAAAAGCUUUCAGGACACACGUUUUAGUCAACAUCACACAGAACAUAAACUGGGUUGUGAUGAACUCUCAAAGUGGAGGGCGUUGGUGAACAAGAACCCUUCCAACUUCAUGAGGAUGUGCCAGGAGUUGGAGGUUUUGCCCAAUAUCUGGGCUUUACAUGAGUGGGCGAACUGGCUGACCCCCACCGCCAAAUAUGGGAGGACGAGGUUUGACACAGCUUUCUUCAUGUGCUGUUUGCAGGAGGUGCCCAGCACGCUGCAAGAUGAGAAGGAAAUUGAGCGCUUUCAGGUAAUUUUUGAAAUAUAA